AUGAUCCGUUCCCUCUGGGUUAUUCUCAUUGCUGGGGUAAUCUGCGCCCAUGAGAUCCCGGAUAAGGUCGAUCCGUUCCUGGAGUUAUUGUUUGAGACCCCCGAAUGUAAGCCUUCUUAUCUCUGAAUGGGUUUAUUAGCAUAUUAUAACGAUUCUCCCGAAUUCCAGGCGAAGCCGUUGUAUCGAAUGCGGACUUUUUGAUCGUAGAUACGAUAAAAUGCAGUCCCUUCACGUGCUCAUUCCCACAUCAAGUAUGCAUGAGAAAGAGCAGUCUGUUGAAUGAAGAGAAGGCCAAUCAAUGCAGACCGAUUCCGGAUUCGGUGGGUAAACCUUUUUGAUCUUUGGUUUGUUGAGCUCCGCGCGUCUGAAUAAAUACACAAUGAAGACGGAGAGUGUCACAAAAUUAUUAUGAUGACUAAUAAAAAUCUAAUGUUUUAGUGUAUAACAGCAGCUAAUGGUGGCAUUCCAGUGACAAGGGCGACACCUCCAACCCCGACCCUACCUCCCACACCCCCACCCAAACCAAUCCCAGGAGGACGACAUGUAGAUCCGGGUCCCAAUCCAACCGAAGACCUGGAAGGCGACUUUGAAGGAGAAAAUGGUAAGUAUAGUAACAAGAUUAGUGCUGUUGAAAUAUUAUACUUAUGUAUCACUUUAGGACCGGAGCCGGUGCUGACAACACAAAGACCCCAUAAUAGAUUCAGCGGUAUGAAAGUGUCGAAGAUCUCAGUCUGUGAACAAGGCAUCCCGAUGGGACGAUUCUGUGGAUUUAUGCUUAAAUACACUUACAAUAAAGAGACCGGGGCCUGUGAGAAAUUCUGGUUCCCCGGAUGUCGGACUCCAGAGACCAAUAACAAUCUCUUCGAUGAGGAGAAUCAAUGUAUUCAAGCAACAAGAGCAUGUCAGAGUAAGUAUCAACGUCAGCUUUACGUUUCGUUACGCACGGUGAAAGUUUACUUAUUUUACCCUCAGAAUCUCCCCGGCCUCCGCCUCCCGAUCAGACGGUCCGUUCUCGGACCGAGUCUGGAGGAAGUUCAGGGUUUAUCCCUCCAAUCUCUCAGGGAUCAGGUCGACCACGACCAGAUAAUGGGUAUGGUGGUGGACCCUUAGGCACUGGUGGAGGUGGAGUUACACAACCGCCGAAUUUUAUUCGAUUAAUUGCGAAUACGAUCCGAGAAGUGGGCCAGACUGGGAAUGGGGGUGGUGGAGGAGUGAACAUGGGGAAUAUCCUCAAGAACAUCGACCCUGGACAGUUCGCCAAUCUCUUCCAGCAGUUGUAAGUUCACACUUUCAGUUAUCACUGUUUCUUGUUGGAUGUUGUAACAAACAUUAUAAUCGUUGGUAAACUUAUUUUUUAAUUAAAAUAUCUUUUUAGUGGCUGA